GGCUUAGCAAGUACUGGCUGGAGUGCGAGAGUUUCUUGAAGCUUUGUUUGUAAGCAGAUGGAGAUUUUUUCGAAAAAGGAUGCUUUUUAGUAAAAGCGGGAAUUAAGUCCAGUUCGAGGUCUAAAAUCGAAAAUAUUUCAAGAUGAAAAAAAUUUCAAAAUCCUGAUAAUGCAGAGGAAAAUCUGCGAAACGCGAUUUGCAAAAUGUUUACUAUUAAAACUUUUGAGAUUUUUGCCUCAAACUUAACUGACUUAAAAAUAACUGGAAAACUGUGGCAAAUGCGAAUAAACGCCAAGAGACAAGAACGUUCCCAAAUUGAAAAAGGCAUCGAAAACCGUCGGAAAUAGUAAAGGUUUUUCACCCAGCCUUAAACGAAAGAGAAAUUAUUGAGUGCAAAUUUUUGGAUACCGAUAUUUUUGGCUAAUCCAAGUAAAACAUCGAAAAACUAUCUAUCUGCACGAAAAACGAUAUCGAAUGUCGAGUUCUAGGAUAGCUGUUUUGUAAGUGCGGCAACAGCGCAUUUGGCAAUCGAGGAGCAGCGUAGAAUGGCGAUUUGGCCCCGCGUCACCAGUUCGUUGAGUGAACAGACCCUACUGAAGUGAAAAAAGGCACCCGAAACGGGGGCAAAAAGUGCAAAAAUUAUUGGAAACAUUUCAGGUUUUUAGUGCGAGUACGACGAAAAAUCAGUGCCGGGGAAAAUCUGUGAUGUGAGGUGCAAAAUCAGUGUGGUGGCUAUCGAGGGCAACCCGGAGGGAAGUGCGACAAGAUGAGAGCGAAAAGGCUGUGGUUUUGUGUGAAAUAGUGUUUUUAGUGCGCCAACAAACAACGUUUCCUCAAUGUGGAGUUUAGGGCACGAUGGUCAGAGAGACUAGACACUUGUGGGUAGGAAAUUUACCCGAGAAUAUAAGAGAAGAUCGCAUAAGGGAACACUUCAAAAGGUAUGUCGUUCAGUUGUACCAUUGCAACCACUGUCAAGAGAGACACAAACUGAGUAAACAUGGUAGGGAUUUAGGAUAUGGCCGAGUGCAGAGUGUUAAAUUAUUGCCAAGGACACCCGAGGAGAAGACGGGCGAGGUCCAGAUGGCGUGCACGGUGGCGUUCAUGGACAUCAAAAGUGCGUCCAAAGCUCAUAAUGCCGAGCUCAAAAUCGACGAUCGCACCCUGAACACGAAGUACUACGAACCUGCUGCCAUUCCGUCCGCGGCGGCGCCCCAUCCGGGCACGCCACCCCCGUACACUACCUCUACCUCGCCUGGCCCCACCAGGUUCCCCAACGGCCAUGGAUCGUCUGACGAGCACGGUUUUCCGGACCCGUCGAGCGAUGCGGCGUCGCGUUUCUAUGAGCGCCCGACCAGCGGCGUCGGAGCCGCCCCUACUUCCGCCCCUGAGGGCGGUUCAGGCACCUGUCGAGGUGGCCGGAACCGCGACCGGUUCCGUGGGGGCGGCGGACACAGAGGGGCGGUCUCCGUUUGGGGAACUUCCGCUGCCGGAUAUGCGGAUUCGUCCAGGUAUAGUAAUAGUAAUGAAAGAAGUCAGUCGGAUACAACAGGGUAUAGUUCGGCGCCAUCGUCCGAUACGAACGAUCGGCGCAACUCAGAUAGUGUGAGAAAAAAGGACAAGUCCAGGUCCGGCUCUCGAUCGCCAUCACCAAACGGUAGUACCAGUACUAGAUCUCCUUCGAGAUCACGUUCGCGGAGUAGUAGUAGCACAUCGUCGUCCUCCACGUCGCGCGGUACGUCUUCGACGUCUUCACCGCGCUCGCGCCAACACCGGCACCACUACAAGAAGGUAACUGCGCAGAACGCUGGCGCUUCAGAAGAUCGCCGACCGCUUGGAAUUCGUGUGAGUAAUUUGCCGGUCCGCUCGAGCGAUACUUCCUUGAAGGAUGGUUUAUUCCACGAGUAUAAGAAGCAUGGCAAAGUUACAUGGGUGAAGGUAGUGGGCCAGAAUGCUGACCGGCACGCGAUCGUCUGUUUCAAAAAGCCCGAGGACGCUGAAAAAGCACUAGAGGUCAGCUAUGAUAAGCUGUUCUUUGGAUGCAAAAUUGAAGUGGAACCACAUUCUAUUUGCGAUAUUGAUGAGGUGGAGUGCCGCUACGAGUCGGAGAUAGAUGAGUACAAUCCGAAGGCAACCAGGACGCUUUUCAUCGGCAACUUGGAGAAAGACGUGACUGCAUCCGAUCUCAGAAAACAUUUCGAUCAGUUCGGUGAAAUAAUCGAAAUCGACAUUAAAAAACAAGGGGCUGUGAGUUCGUACGCUUUUUGCCAGUACUCGGACAUAGUUAGUGUGGUAAAGGCAAUCCGCAAAAUGGACGGUGAGCACUUGGGCAACAACCGGAUCAAGUUGGGUUUCGGAAAGUCUAUGCCGUAUAAUUGUGUGUGGAUAGAUGGGGUGGUGGAAACCGUCACCGAGAAGUACCUGAUGAUUCAGUUCGAACCGUUCGGCGCGAUUUCAAAGUGCAUAAUCGAUCGCGAAAAGGGCCAAGCUUUAGUGUUUUACGAGCAUGUGUCUCAGGCCCAGAUGGCUGUUAAUAAAAUGAGGGGUUUUGUGCUGAAAAACGCGAAACUGCAAGUGGACUUUGCGAGCCGUGAGUGUCAGGAGUGUUUCUUCGAACGGCUGGAGAAGCAGGGCGCUGUAUUAGAGAGGGCGGGGUUUGAAGAUCGCAGAGAUUCAAGCUCGAGGAGUUUUGAUUCUACUGCCGCUUCGCGGAUAUCCAGAUACGACACACCGACGCGACCUCGCACAUCGUACUGGAAGUGAGGAGGCUUUCCGAGACGACUUUACGGCACCAUACACGACGACCUUCAGUUGAUAACAAAUAUGGUCACUAUCCUCCUCAUACAGUGGGCUGCAAGAGGCGGAGAACUGGGGGAAGCGAUGGAGGAGUCAAGACGGGAACUCACGCUCAUUACCCGGAAAAUUCUGAUGGGUCCGAUCAGCCAGGCUCCCGACCCGGCACGCCGCUUUGCGAUGAGAACCCAGAGUUUCCCCCGGGAGAACCGCCAAAGCGCACCACUCGAGAAAGAGGUGAGGGCCCGAUGAUGCUGCCGCUCCCCAAAUGGGCGGCGCAGGUUCGAGCGCUGGUGGAGUUCCAAAGGGGAACCAUUUCCGUAUCGGGAAUCAAGGGCCAGAAGGAGCAUGCCAAUCCGCUGGCGAGCCCGCCACCAGCCGCGACUAGUCCGAGGAUAUCGCAACAUCAUGCGCCCCGGCCGCCCAGUCCGCUUCUCCAUGUGCCGCCCCCGGCUUCUCCACCGCCUCGCCCGCCCAGUAUGAGCUCAAACUCGAGCGACAGCGAUGGGGUAACUGGAAGUCCGUCUCUGGAGGAGCGGAUUAAAUCGUUGGACGAGAAAUACGAAAAGUGGUCUGGCAGUAGAGCAUUCAGCGCUACCGGGAACGAUCCCUUGGCUCUACUGGACGCAAGCCUUGAAAAGUUCCGAUCCAGACAUAAACUCCUGGAAAUCCAAGAUCUCAAGGAAGUGCAGCCGUCGGAGAUAGUGAAGUCAGUGAUGGCCAAGCGAUCGGUAUUCGAUGAAGAUUUAAAGCGGCUGGAGAGCGUGGGUGAAAAGUACGAGCCGAAGGACUUUGGAUUAUUCUGUCGUCUGCCGGCGAUUUCCACCCAACCCAUCUCCUUAUCAUCAGCAGUUAGUAACCCCAACACCACUGCUCUUGUGGCGGUAGUGGCGUCGUCUUUGAAAUUAUCUACCUCGGUCAGUACUCAGUUGCCUAAAACACCAACCAUGUUAUCUCCUAGGUCUUCUGGUACGCCUUUGCCCAUCUCAGCAAGUAGAGGGCUUCAGUAUCCCUUUCCCAGCCAUCCACCCAUGCCGAUGUCUCCGGCCCCGACGACUUCGCCCAUCGUUACAAGUUUCUCCACCCCCCCAGUCACCACUUUAAGUACAAGCGUCACUGUGCGGAACCCGAGCCUCGGUGAAAAUAGACUGAAAUCGACGGUGAAUGUUCCCGGUGAAUCACGAACUUCUAGCGUAAAAAAUCGUAGUGUAGCUCCAGUAGUUAGUGACGUAUCUAGUGCGGGCAAACCAAAACCCAGUGAGAAAAUAUCCCUAAGGCGGAACUCGUGCAGCACCAGUCCUCGGGCGGAUGUGAAAACACGACGUAAUAGUGAUACUAGUGCUCGGCGAAUAGAGGACGGUGAAAAGUCGAAAAUAGAAGAGCAAAAGCUUGUUGAUAAGACCAAAGAAGAAUUUGAGAAACACCGGAAGGAGCAAGAGGAGAAAGAGCGCCUAGAAAAUGAACGAAUUGAAAAGGAGAAGCUGGAGCGCGAGCGGAGGGAAAAAGAGCGAUUGGAGCGAGAGAGCGAAUUGGAUAAACAACGGCUGGAAGAAGACAGGCUGGAAAAAGAAAGAAUACAGCGCGAAGCAAUAGAGCGCGAACGGGCGAAAGAACAAGAAACAGAGCGAGAAAGAAUUCGCCAGGAGAAGGAAGCGAUAGCCAGGCUAGAAAAAGAGAGUCAAGAGAAGGAGAAACUCGAACGAGAACGAGUGGAAGCGGACAAACGAGAAAAAGAGGAAUAUCUUCGACGUGAAAGAGAGGAACGUGAGAACCAAGAGCGCGAAGAACGCGACCUUAAAGAAAAGCUUGAGAGAGAACUAAAAGAAUCUGAACGAAGGGAGAAGGAGGAACGGGAGCAAAAGGCAAAAGAGGACCAUCGAAGUGCCAAAGAAAAAGAACGCAGGAGAAGUGAAGAUAGAGUAAACAAUAGAAAUAAAGACUCAGACAAUCAUCAUGAACGUAGUAGCAAGCAUAGAGAAAAUCACAGUGAACUUAAGCAUCGAGAAAACAACACCCAUCCAUCGGAAAAGCACCAACAAGAAAACCAACCAUCUACCAAAGAAUCGAAGGACAUCAAGUCGACUCGGGACGAUUCUCUUAGGAAAGACAAUGCCAAUCAAGACCUACAGAGGAGAGAAGUCUACCAAGAGAACGUCAAUAAGCAUGAAAAUAGCAAAGCUCAGUUCGAGCGAGAUGCUGAAAGACGAAAGGAGAGCAUCAAGGAGAACCGAGAUAAUAAUAUCCACGACAGAGUUAAAUAUCUAAAUAACGAUGUCAGCGAUAGAGCAAUAUUAGAAACCAGACACAUGUCUUUGGAUCUUGACCUCAAAAAUCAAGUAGAAGUCAACAAGGACCCCAAUCGACGAAAGGAGCGCAAUAACAGUCUACCUACCCAUGUAGGUAUAAAAAGGCGAAUUAGUGUUCAGGAUGGUUUAGAAAUGCCCGAAGAUGCGAAACGAAGUAAACUCAGUGAGUUUAAGAGAGUUUCGGAAAGGAGAGAUUCAAGAGACAGCAUUAAGAGCGACGACAGAUCUAAAAAGCCUAAACACAAGAACAACUCUAUGCCCAAUUACGACAAACACAGCAGUUCGAAGGAAGGUGAGGACAAGCGGAAAGACAAAGAUAGGGAAGACAAACACAAGCACAGACAUAAAUUAGAAAAACAGAAAUCUAAAAGUAAAAGCAAAGAAAAAGAGGGUAGGGAACUGCACCAAUCACCAGUUGAAGCGCCAGCUAAUAAUAUAUCAAUGAACGACAAAGACUUUUUAGCGACAUUUAAUUUACGUAGUAAUGAAGAAAUCGAACAGGAAAAGCAAGAGAAACAGAAGCGUGAAGCUUUGAGGGAGAAACGUAACAAGGAUACAACGGAUGCGGACAAACGCUCAGAGGAAAAGAAAAGUGAGGACAGGACUAAGAAAGACAAACCAGCGUCACUGGAAAUUAAAGAUCUCCUGAGAUCACCCCAGGAAGAUAAACAGAGAUUUGACAAAAUUCAUAAAAAAGAUCGCAUCAGAAAACUUACUAAUAGCUCGGAUAGUGACUCUGACGAGCCAAAGAAACAUUCAAUUUUUGAUAUUGUCGACGAUGGCCCUCCAUAUAUUUCCAUGUACGACAAAGUGAAAGCCAGAAGUUGCAAAAACAUGCAAAAGCAGGAAGAGGAGAAAAGGCAGGAGAAAAUCAAAGCCAAGUUCAGUCAGCUGAAACUCAGUAGGGCAAGGCGGGAAGAAAAGAAACGGUCAAACUCAUGGGAUGAAGAUUCGGAUUCCGAUAAAGACACCGAAAUAAAAUGCCGAAGAGGCAGAAAAUUGCUUGAUAGUUCGGAUGAAAGUGAGGAUCAUAAAACCUCGUACAAGCAAAAAGAUACCAUCUAUAGCGAUUCCGAUAAUUCGUUACGACAUUCGUUUCGACAUAUUAAAAUGGAGCCAACCGAAACGACAGACGAAGACAUUAAGUUAAAACAGCAGCCGUUACGGUGCUCAAAAUCAAAAAUAACUAGCGAUAGUUCAGAAGAGGAUUACCAACGACAUCCGACUAACAACAAAUUGCCUUCGAUUGAUUAUCAUGAAAAUGCAACAGAUAAGCCAAAAGCGUCGUUAUUCGAAAACGACACUGAAGGAGAACUAGAAAUCAAGCCCGAAAAACUCACUUCUGUAAAGACCGAACUCGAGCGACUAGUAAAGAAGGAACGAAGAAAUAGCAAAUUCCAAGAAUUUACCUCCCCGGAACAGCAAAGCUUUGAUGUAUUACACUCCCAAUCAUCCGAAGUGAAAAUAGACAGAUUUAACAGCAGAUCUCUAUUCGACAACACUAGCGAUGAUGAUUUUCCCGAAGUGAAGAAGGAAAAAUCUGAGAAACGAGAAAAGAAACACAAGAAAAAGCAGAAGAAGCAGAAGCAUUCCCUUUCGAAUGAAGAGUCGGGGAAAUUGGAAUUUGAGUCGGAGUCGCCGGGCGCGCAAGAAAGAAAGCACCACGACAAAAAGAAAGAUCAUUCCAAAAAGGACAGGAAGCGGGACAAAUUAAAGGACAGCAGAGACAAGCCGAAAAAAGCCAAAAAGAGCAAAAGUGAGAACAAAAGCGAAACCAAGCGCGACGGUAAAAUGGAAAAUAUAUUCGGCUCCUUGUCCGAAGACUCCGAAGCUGGAAUUAAGUUGCAAAAAUCAGAAUUUCGACCUGAUGAGUUUCGACCUGAUGAGAAUGCUCAACCUGCACAGCUUUAUAACAACGAUUCAGAUAAAGAACAACUGAAGAUUCAAGAAGAGAAAGACAGGGAAGCUGAACAUAAGAAACGAAAAGAGAAAAAGCGCAGAGAAAAAGAACGUCGAUUUCAAGAAGCGGCUGCGGAAGCAGCUGCAGCUGCUGCAGAGGAACCACCAAAUAGCAAUGAUAACAGCAUGGAUUUCGCAGACAUGUGCAAGCAAUUGGAAGCCAACAUCAAGGAUGACGCUCCCGAAGGGAACUACAAUACUGAGAUCAGCAGCAGUAAUCUGGAAACUUCCGACACAUUUAAUGAGGCGGACAAAGACGUAAAGAAAGAAAAGGAAGAUCGAAAGGAGGGCAAAGAGAAGAAGAAAAAGCGCAAAAAGAGCAAAGAUGAGAAACGGCAUCACCAUCAUCAUCAUCACCACGAGAAAAACAAAGUGAAAACCCCGGAAGUGAAACACGAGAUUUCAGAGUCGCCUUUGAUUAUUAACUUGUCCGAUAUCAAGAUCGAACCUGGUGUAGCUACGGAAAGGGAAGUUCCUAGUACUCCACCCAGUAGUCACAGCCAAAGUCUGCCUAAUCUGGACGACAUUCAAAGCCCAACAACCGAAAAGUCUCCUCCUAAGUUUGACAAAGUUGUAGUCAAUCCUAGUGUAAACUCUUUACAAAAUUCAAGUCUUGGAACAUCGAAAACGAAACGAGACAAGCAAUCGAAAAUUCCUGGGUUUGGUACUGAAAUUGAUGAAGUCAUACACGAGAAUGCGGUGAAGUCAAUUUCUGGAAUCAUCAAGCCUGAAGUUAAAGUGGAGGAACCCCUGGUUCAGACAGAUGUAACUGAAGAGCUGCUGGCGGAUUCUUCGCAGGACAAAACUCGCGUGGUUAUCUCGCAGGAAGAAACAGAAGAUGCUGUGGCCGCUCUAUUAGGCGAAAGUUUUGGAGGCUGCCAAUUUGAAGAGCGCUAUGACGAAGACAUUACAGUUACCACUGAACUGGUUGUGCCAGAGUUGGUCGAGGAGCCAAACGUCCAGGACGACGAGGAGAUGAGAAAAGCGGUUCAAAGUCUUGAGGUGGAAGGAGAAAUUUCCAAACCAGAUACUCCUCAGAGCGAGCAUGAGUUGCAAAUCGACACAGACACUGAGGAACCAGAUGAAAGUACUCAAGCUGCUGACCAAACGGCGAAAACUGUUGAACUUUUCCAAAAUACCAAGAAAAUCCCUGCAGCUAUUCCAGUAUGUAGUGGCAGUAAUAAAGUCACUUCUCCAUUAGCUUUCAAGUCGUUGAGCAGUCCACCGUCUUUAUCUCCAAUAAAAUCGGAGCCCAGUUCUGAAGCGGAUCAGAAACCGAUGAAACCAGCUGAGUGUAUUAAUGUUUUGGUUGAACGCGAGCAACAACCACAGCAAACUGUCAUAUCGCAGACGUGGUCUGGUGAACGAAAGGAAGUUGUUCUGAGCAAACCGGUUUUGGCAGAGAAUCCAACAGCUAAGCCGGCAAUUACAGUGGUUGAUGUACCAGCUCAGUCUCAAGUGGUGCAACCGCAAAUAAAGCAGUUUGUUGCCGCACCGCCGACGAUUAAGAUCAAUGAACCUUUAUAUCCUCCCUUAGCAAAACUGUCUCCAUUGGUCAAUCAGAAAACUAUCACUACAGCACCCUCAGUGGUUCAGCCAUCCACAUCUUCAGUCGUUGCCAUUCAACAAAGCCGUCAUAAUUUACCCGCCCGCUUACCUGACCCGACCUGCAAGCCAGUUGCGCCGGAGGCCUCAAACAGUCCAGCUUUGAGCAGGCUGCCCAUCACUCCAGUUAUUGUGACCAAACCACUUCAACCUGCUACUAUCUAUUUGCCUCAACCCAUCGUGGCACAUUCAUCUGAACCUCCAAAGCUCAUAUCAACUGCAGAGCUUCGGCAGGAGAGACCCAGAAUGAUCUUCCACCCAUCGGGAAUGCAACCUUACAAGGCGUUUGCGCCCGGCCAACCGGCAAGGAUGUUAGUGCAAGGUGAUAUCCGACAUUUCCCUCCGAAUGCGCACUUUGUGCCCAGCAGACAAAUCAAUCCUUCCGCUUACGGGCAGUAUAUGGGCCUGCACUCCCCUCCGCCGUUUGUGCCCCUGCAACUGCUCAAGAAAGAAUCCCAGAUUCGUACCGAGCCUGACUCGAAGCCAGCCGAUCAGCACGCGAAUUCUAACAGCAUCAAAACGACUGCAGCUGUGACUGCUCCACAUUUGAUAUUAACCGACAUUCGCUCUGCUCCGAACAGCUUGGCUGUAAAAUCGCCUCCUCCAGUUACCAGCAAAGCCAUUGUAAUUCCUCCAUCCUCACCAAGGCGGAGCCCCAGUACUUUGGCCGUCAUUAACGCGGAAGCUCCAAGUGUGUCUGGUGCUGCCUCAUCAUCGCCUGAGCGACGGUCUCCAAGUGUGCCAGUAGCAGAUAUUCCCGCUCCAGCAGAAAGUGUGCCUGAAAUCGACACUUUGCAGGUUCCAGCUGUUCAGAACCGAACAUCAAGCCCCAAUCCUGUUCUAGUGCCCAAUCCUGAACCAAUUGUCGCUGUUCAAUUGCCUGUUAGUAAAAUCCCCACCGAAGCCAGUGCUGCGGAUAAGGAGCAGGCGCCCGCAGUUAAACCCGAAAAGGAUCUGAUGGAGGUGCCCAAGGCACAGCCACCUCCUCAGCUGGAUGCGGCAAAGCCCAGACCAGAACUGGGAGAAUCUGCUCCUUGUCCAUCCCCAGCAAAAGACCCAACAGUUAAAGCGGAGGAGCCCACUACUGUUCCGAGAACAACCCAAAAAGACCCCGAAGUUCAACCGGCCAACCUUGCCGCUCAUGCUUUAGCCGAGAAGGUGACCAAGGAGCAGGAAACCCUUGAAGCUAAGGAGGACAAUGAGUUCUGGUCAGCAAAAGACUCGGUCAACAUUGAGUCGGUCAUUCAAACGCUCGGCUCAGCAGACGAGAUGUCUGAUAGUGACCACAACCAAGCCGCAGCAGAGCCAAAGUCAAGCAAAAAAGAGCCGGAACCCGUCGAACUUGCAGAGCACGACGACGACGCUUCCGUUGCCGAUAUGAAGGUUGACGAGGAUGCUGAAAAUGAGCCGGCCGACAUCGAAAACGACCCGAAAACCGAAACAUCCGUAACCAGAAGUAGCGCUCGGAGGGGCCGUGGUGGAAGGCCCAGAGCCAACAAUAAAGUGGCGAAGCCCACUUUGGAGCGCGGGGGGAUUCAGACGCGGCGCGGUAAGCAAAAGGAGGCAGCGCAAGGAGCCGCCGCAGUGCCCAACAUCAAGCGUGGCCGCGGAGGAAAGGUGCGCUCCGAACGAAAAUCUAGCAAAUCCGAGUCGGAUUCAACGACGAACGACGUGUACGAGUUCAGAGAGGACUCGGAUGAUUGCAACAAAGAACAGCGACCCCGCUUGGUGUUGACCAUCAAGUCGACCACUUCCAGCACAAGCAACGCACAAACCACCACCAUUGUGAAGGAAAUCACUAAGGACGGAGCUAAGGAGAUUGGAAAGGAAGUGAAGGACACUGUCCAGCCGAAAGUCAAGGAAAAGGACUCUGCCAAAGAAGUCCAAGAGGCCUUUCAUUCGCCACCCAACCCGGAACCCAAAGACGAGUUCACUUCGCCGCAGACUUCAAACACCCGAAAGUCACGCCGGCUGGCCGAAAAAGACGUUUUUAGAAACACAGUGGAUGAUACGAUAGAAGACGUUAUCAAGAACACGCCGCUCACCAGGGCAGCAGCCAAUCAAAGAAGAUCGGGGCGGCAGCAAAAGAAACUGCCCGUGGUAGUUCAGGAGCCAGACCCGCCUCGCAAAAGUCCCAGAGGGCGCAAGCCUAAUCGCCGAGUAUCUGAAUCAACGGAAAAUUCAUCCAGUGAAGAUCUGAAAGAGGAGAACACCAAGCCUGUUGCUGCGGCCCCGCUUCCGCCAGCUCCUAUCGCUGUACCAUCCAAGCCAAAAGUGGAAGUCGCCACCACCAAGCCUGUAGAGCCGAUUCCACCCGAAGCCACUAAAGAGAAGAAAGUGGAUCAUUGCAGUUUGAAAACAGUUAUGCUCAAGCGGUUCAAGGGUGAGAUGAAUGCCAACAAGCCUGAGCCCACCAAGCUGAUCGAUCCAGUCACGGGCAUGUUGAUCCCGAUGCGGGAGAGCGAAGAAGGCAAGUACAUUCCAUUGCCGGGAACUUUGCUGGCAGACAAGAAGCCGAAUGCUGUUCCAUCAGUAGUCAGUGAUUUGUGUUUGGAGGCGAAAGCCAACGACAAUGCUAAAAUGCAACCUAGUGUGAUCGCUCAAUCGCACCCGGUUACAGUCGUUCAACAGUCCACGCCAAAGAUUCACACUUUGAAGGCGCACGUGUUAAACAGCCAAGCAGCUAAGGCGGUGGUGACUGAUCUGGCGCCGAGCAAUAAAACUUCUGUCCUACAUAAUCCAGUGUCACAACCCAGAGACAACGUCCUACAGUUCGCGUCUCCAUCCAGCAUCAUGGGCACCAAGUGUAGUACCCCUGUUCACAUUGCAAAGUGUGGAACUCCGGGUUCAUCAUCGGUUCCAGCUGCAGCCAAUCUGCAAGGCGGCGUCGGUCCGCUUUCUCCUAGACCGGGAGCGCCUGUUGCGGAGGUGAAGCCGCAGGUGAAAGCGCCCAUGCAUUCUCCAGGCCAAGACUUGAAGCUGGCGAAUGAAAGACAUCUGCUUCAAGCCAGAGACCACCUGACUGAGCACGAUGUCCAUCCUCUAAACAGUCACUUGGACUUCGUCAAGCAACAAGCGAAGAGUGCGAAUAAAGUGAUGUCUAAGCCUGUUCACUCGAACCUGCUCCAGCAACACAUGCCUGCACAGAUUUCCAACCAUCCGGUAAGCAAAGCCUUGAGGAACGAACAGAUCCACCACGGCAAAGGGGUGAUUGAGAACUCCAAAAUAGACGUGAACAUGCCCAUGAUGUUGGGCCGGCCGAACUUGAGUCCGUCAGGUCAGCAGCCUCGUUUAAGCGGCGGCUUACCAGUCCCUACCUACGAAGCUAGUUUGAUGGCGGACGCAAGGGCUUACUAUAACAGGAGUAGCCCACCACCAGCGCACCAAAAUUCCCCACAUUCUCCAAAGGGCGAACCUCUGACUCACUUCCCAGCUCUGAGACCGAAUCUAAUCCAAACUCACUAUAUUCAUCCGCAACACAUGAUGUACCAACAGUUUUUGAGGCAACAGCAACAUUUUCAAAGAACUGUCAACAUGGAAAAGCCUGGUGAAGAUGGGGAGGACACUUCAGUGAGUUUGGCCCUGUCUGGUCGAGGCGCUGCCGUACCACAUCAUUCUCCUCACAAUCGAGCAACAGAGUCGCCAGCAAUUGGUCAAGUUUACAAUCCUCUGACCACAAGGCUGCCCCCCUAUCAUCCGGGGACGCGCUUCUUCGAACCGCAACAACCUGCUGAGCCCCCACCUGCACACAGGCCUCUCACCUCGCACGACAGGGCUGGACUGGCUCAUAUACCCCAAUUGGCGUCUUCUGAUCGUUCCUUAGCGUCGCAUGGUCCACCUCAUUCCAGCGCUCAUCUCAUUUCCGACAGACCCACAGGAAUUAUUCAAGCGCGACCUCACAGCACCACACAUUUGGGUGCUGGGGAGCGGUCUCAGCCCUCACCUUAUGGAGCUGAACUUUCUGGGCUUGUUAAUACAAAUUUGGGCGCAUCUGGUACAUUGAUGGGACCAGCCAAACAUAUGGGCCCUGAUUCGCCGGUUGGUCAGCGCUUGGGAAAUCUAAUAGCGGGGCCUGCGAAACUGAUUGGGGCUGAUGCGCCCCUAACUCAACGAAUUAUCCGAAUGUCUACUCCACCUAGCCCGACGCCUGCCUCGCAAAACCUGUACGAGGCCUUAGAGCCCUAUGUGAUGAAAUGGCAGGGCCUGUUGGCGCUUAAAACCGACCAAGCCGCUGUUCAAAUGUACCUAAUAUCUGGGAAUGAGGAAGUGGCGAAAUCCAGUCUGCCUAAGAACGAGGACGGAUCGACGCCACCUUUGAGGAUUUUCCAGCGAAUGCGAAUGGAACCCAUGCAAAUCGAAGGAGUGGUCAGAAAGAUGCAGACGGAAAAAGAACACUGUAUACUUGUUGCGCUGCCUUGCGGACUGAACACUGAAGACGUACUGAAGCAGUCUCAGAACUUAAUCACUUUGAUCAACUAUCUUCAACAGAAGCAGGCUGCAGGCAUCAUCAAUGUGGCUUAUCCUGGAACAACGCAUCCGCCGGCAUACGUGGUUCACAUAUUUCCAUCAUCCGAUUUCGUGAAUCAAAACCUUCGACGUUUGGCGCCCACACUUUUGGAUAGAAUAGUGGCAAACGACACGUCCCAUCUUCUGAUUGUGAUAACGACCGUGUAAUUUGUUCUUCGAAUCGGUUGAAAUUGCGUCUUUACUAGUCAAUAGUCUUUGAGAAAUGACUGCACUAUGAGCAAGUCUCACCAAGCUUUGCCCAGUGGGAACCGGAUUGAAAUGGGUAAUUUCAAGCCGCAAUUAUUUCAAGUGGAUUCUUCCGCGGAAGAGUUCCGUGUAGACCGUGCAUCAGGUUAGCCCCAGAGAAAUAAAUCGAGUUUUUUAUUUUCGGUUCAGGACAUCUUCAUUUUAGAAAUGUAACAUUCGUUAGAUAUGUAUUCAUGCUUUCAAUGUUAUUUGGGGCUUCCGUAUUUUGAUGUUGUUUGGCAAUGUUCUUAAGUCUUAUUCAAAAAAUUGAACGAAGAAGUAUCUACUAAUGUUUGUAACUACACUAAAUAUGUCAUUUUUUUUAAAGGAACAACACACUAUUACAAUGUGUAGAUUAAAUAAACAAAUAAAAAGAUAUAAAACACUAUACUUAACUAUUUAAAAAGUUUCACUGUGAUUUCUAAAGAUGCGUUACUAUAUUAUAAAAAUGUUUAAAAAAGCUAAAAAAAUAAUUUACCUACAUAAGAGAUCUCAUAUUUUGAACUUAGUUUUGUAAUAGAGUUUUUCUUUGUUUAGAAGGUCUUUAUUUUCAUAUUCGCGCUUUUUUGUAUUCUUUACACCUCAAUGCAAGAGAUAUUUUUUGCAUAUAUGUAUUAAUUUAACACACACAUGUAACAAAUUGAUUGGACAUUUCCACGACUUGAAGUGCUUACACAUUGAAGCAAGUAUCUCCUGUACUGAUGUAACUCGUCUACUAUCCUUGCAAUAUUUGCAAAGAUAGUCGACGAUGUGAGACUGGAACUAACUUUUUAUUUCGACAUGAGGGUUAAGUUGCAUUUUUCACAUGAUUUGCAAUUACGUAACAAUUAAGAUCUCAAAUUAAGACGAAACAAGGGCGAUUGGAAUUAAAUGUAUAUUUUUUGCAGCGAAUGCAGCUUAGCCCUUAUAAGUUCUACAGGCUGUAAUUUGUUUAAAAAGUUACUGUUGCCCUUCUUUGAAUUAGGCUUUCGAAAUUUGGAAUUUUAGGCGGAAUAUUUUCCAAUUUUGUGCAGUUUCUCCACUGCACAGAAAAGGCCCAGGGCAGACUCGAAGGCCUGCAAAAAUAUUCCACCUAAAAUCAUCUAAACAAUGCAGAACUUUAGGAAAUAUAGAUUUUGUAGCAUAUAUAUUAGCUGUACGAAUCCUUUUUUUUAUUUACAACAAGCUGUAACAUAUAUGUGAAUAAGUAGAGUUAGUUUUGUUUAUUUAUAUAUAAGAUUACAUUUUUGAGUUUAAUUGUUAAGAAUUUUCUGUACAGUGUAUUUAGGCUGUAAGUAUAACUAUAGCGAGCGUUACAAAAUACUAUAAUAGGGAAAAUUGUGAUGUCUAUACUACUGUGUAAAUUUUGUACAUAUAUAAAAAAAUACUGUGUAUUGUGAGUAUACAUUAUUAUAACUAUUACGAUAAA